AUGUGGCAUUGCUCAAGGAGUGUGCUGGAUGAAUGCACGGCAAACGAGAGGAUGAUUCAUGGAGCAUUGAAAACAUUUUGGAUGUGUAUCCUUUCCAGAAUAUCCAUGCGUAUGGAAGAUGAUGCAGGAGGCAUGGAAUACAAGUCGGUUUUACAAAUGGAGCACAGAGUAUAUUGCAGCAUUUACGGUGUUGUUAUUGGCUGGACAUCGGGUAAAAGAUCAAGGGGAAGCGAUUACGUGAUGACUGUCGAUGUUGCUGAUGAGGACAUGCAGAAGCUUUCCGUUCGGAUAUUCAGCCGCACAGAAAUGUUUGCAGAGGGACUGUGUGUCGGAGAUGUCAUAAGAAUAAGGAAUGUGAAGCUUUAUGCCGAAGGAAAGGCAAUUGUAGGCAAGAAAAACGAGGUGGAUGUUGUGUACAGACGGAGCAGACAGGCUGAUGAAGAUCCAGGCCAGAAUGUCAUGAAUCUUGUGGAUGCAUUCGAGAAGUGUAGGAGGGGAUUUGUGAAGCAAAGGAUGAUAUCUGAGAUAGAAGCCGGGCAUCGCUUUGAUUUCUGUGGAGAGCUGAGCGAUAAGCGGCGCGAAAUGCAUAACCUAGUGAUUCUGCAAUUUGUCGAUUAUAGCCAUGAGGCUUGCUCGCGGGAUGUGUGUAGGCACACGAAUUGUAUGGUACUUGUGGUAAAGGCAUGGGGAGAGUUUUCGCACGCAGCAGAGCAGUGCGAGAUCGGUAGCUAUUACCUGAUCAAGAACCUGAAGGCCGAUGAAGUGGGUGAGUUUGCGGUUGCGAGCCUGUCUGAGUCAAGCAACGGUAAUAUAUCAAAGAUUGACAAGCAGGCACCUGCAGGAUUGGAUAUUGAAUACAGAAGAAACGAAUAUCAAAGAAAAGUUGUAUUUGGAUGCAAUAGAGGAUCUGAACGGCAGUCAGAUGCACUGAUGCGUAUGAGCAGUGGCAAUGAGUGUGUAUCUAAGCCUGGUGUGCAUAGAAUUAAGGCACAGAUAAGAAUAUGUGCAUUGCUUACAAAUAACACAAUCUCAGUAUGCAAAAACUGUGGAGCAGUUGAAGAAAGCACGGUUGAAAAGCAGAUGCAGUCUUGUAUGAACCACAAUGUUGAGCAGGUUAGAAUAGCCAGGGUGAUUGCCUGGAAUGGAUAUGUUGAGAUAAAGGCCGUAUGCAGAGGAAGCAUAGCGGAGAAGAUGAUUGGCAAUGCGACUCUUGGAAUAAAAGGCCAAGUGUAUGAGUGUGUUAUAUUGAAUGUUGAGGAGAACAAUCGGCUGGUUUCGCAUAUUAUUAGCAUCCGGUGA